AAUGUCGGCCUGCAUGUACGCUGUACUUCGUACGGGAAUGAAUCCCACGCCAACCUGAAGCUGAAUAAUGAUUCUCCAUGAAUAACGCAAGGCUAGUCCUAGCAUAUCUUUACUACAUCUGUCAGAUUAGUGGUAAGAAACCAUGAUGUGAAUGAUUGAUCAUCAAACCACACCAGACAACCUGGCCUGCCACCCGACUGACUCUCCUGACCAGCCCAGCAUGAAGUCCUCCCAGAAUGACCACCAGAAUCCCUCAGGCACCCACAUCAGCUCCAUCCAGCGGCCCACAGCCAAGUACAACCGCUUUUCUAACAAGGUGCGGCAGAUCACACCAGGUCCCUUGCAGUGUGCCAUGUUUUGCGGAGGCAAAAACUGCAAGUACGACAACCCCGCCAAAUGGUCAGAGAGUGAGAUGGCACUGAAAGGCUUGUAUUCAUCCUGGGUUGGAGAAAAUAUCUUGGCUAUUGCAAGGCCGUCAUCAGAAGCUAUUGAAAAAUACAGGAUAGUGGAGCAGUUUAAGCAGCAUGGCAUCUAUUCCAUUGUUAAUCUACAACGCCCUGGUGAGCAUUCCAGCUGUGGCAAUCCACUCCAAAGCAGUGGCUUCUCAUAUUUACCUGAACAGUUUAUGGAUAAUAACAUCUUUUUCUACAACUUUGGUUGGGAUGACUAUGGUAUACGAUCACUGCCUUCCAUUUUGGACAUGGUGAAGGUCAUGUCCUUUGCACUCAAGGAAGGCAAGGUUGCGGUGCAUUGUCAUGCUGGUUUGGGACGGACAGGGGUAUUGAUAGCAUGCUAUCUCAUCUAUGAACAGAGAAUGGAAGGAGACAAUGCCAUUCAGUUUGUGCGUGAAAAGAGGAAAGGUGCAAUACAGACUCCAGGCCAGAUUGAAUGUUGCCAACAGUUUGCCAAGUUCCUCAUUCCAUUCAGAGUGAUUUUCUCAUCCUGUGAUCCUUGUGCAUAUCCCUUCACCCUUGAUCAGUUUCUGAUCAGGCAGAAACUGAUGCUGCAUGGCUAUGAGGCUCGGGAAUUGAAAUAUUUACCUAAGAUUGUGAGAGUUGUAUGCAGCCAGUUGGCCCAACUUGCUUCCUGUACUUCUACUUCCCAGCCACAGCAAAGAAGAGAGAAUAUUGACAUCUUGAGGAAGACAGCACCAGGAGCCUUUCCUAAUCAGAGGGAGUUAGCAAACCCUGUGCAGUACUCACCUGAGAAGCGUCGUAGUGACUUUGGCUACAACAGUCUAGCCCAACCGAGCAAACUCCCUCCACUGAAGAAGAGGAGUUCUAGUGCGGAGGACCUGAGGCAGGAUUCCGCUAGGUUUGGCAGCCAGGCUACUCUGAGAGUCCCCACUUGGCCUGAUCAAACACCCCAUCGGAGCCCUAUGCUUGGCUUGCGGAGACAUGUCACCGACGGCAGCGUGGCAUCCAGCUCAGAUGAUGACCACAAUGCUCACACAGAAACAUCAGAACUUGCCCCAUCACAGAACGCUAGAUUUGUCAAGAGUCAGAGCAAAGCUCAGGCAGUAUUGGAGAUGGCACCCAGAAAAUCUUCCAAGGGGAAGUUGGCAUCCAUUGUGAAUCGGUCGGUGUCAAUGCUAGCUGCGUUACGGAUAGAUGAUCCACAAGAUAUGGAUGAUGUCCAGUUGGUCGGUACAGCUUUGUCAUUUGAUGCUGCAUCAUAUAGUGUUGAUCGUGAUGAUUUUAAUCGAGUGUUGGCGGGUCUGCAUCUUCGAGUAGAGUCAUUGCAGCAUAAUUUGAAUCGGAGCACCUCUGCCUGGGAGAUUGUCUCAACCGAGGAGGACCCUUUUGUCUUGUCCAUGCUGAUGUGGUCCUGGCUUGAACACCUAGAGAAGCCUAUUUUAAGCAAAGCAGACAUCCAGAGGUUGAGUGCAGAAUUUAAUGAGGAGGACCCUGCAGUGGCAUUCAAGAAUUUGAGCAGAGGUGUGAAGCACACAAUGGACUGUAUUCUGAAGACAGUCACCAGACUACCGCUCCAACAACCCCACCUUGAAAACUUGGAAGAUUCCAUCCUGGUCCGGUUCAUCAAAGGAGUCACACACAUCUCAGCUGUGCAUCUCUUGAGUGAGGAUCAGCCCACUGAGGAACUGGGGGAUGAUAGUGACGAUGAAGACAACAUGCCCCUUGCCCACCUCUUGGUAAUGUUGAGAGCAUAUGUCCAGUUCUUACGGUUGUCAGGUGCCGAUGAUACCCUCUCUCUCAGCUCACAAGACUCUAGCCGCCUGUCCCUUAAUGAUUUUCGAUCCACAAGCUUUGUGUUAAGAGAAACAAUGACAGGAGCUCGAGCUCCUCCUUACAGAAUCCAGACAGCUCCCCCGGCAGAGGCAACCGGGGGUACCUCUCCUAGAGACACAAAGGGGCGUGAAGUAGGAGAGACAUCGGCAUGUUCAGAAGGAAUAGCAAAAGCUCAGGAAUUGGGUAUCACCCCUAGGACAAGCCCCCGUAAUCAAGCCGAAAGUCACACUGUCCCGUCCACAUCUGCCAAGCUCCCCGGUGAAAGGUUGCCGAGGAGAAAGCUGAAAACCGUGGAUAAGCCACUGAGCAAAAAGGCUGAGAACAGUGAAGCUCUUGCCACAUUACCAAGGAAGAAUGCCCUGCCACCAAUAUUCUGAGGAUCAGAUUGUGUAGACUGGUGAGAUAGCUGCAAUACUAAGGUUUAUGUACAUGUAAUGUUAAAGGUUGUGAAGCACCUUAUGAAAGAACAUUUGUACAGAAUCACUCCAGUAGGUAUUAUGUGUUUUGAAAACUGAAGUCUAAACUUAGUUUUGUGAUAAAAAUAAGGAUAAAACUUUUAAACUCUCGUGUGUGAGUACUAUUUGAUUACUACUGCCGAAUGCAAUGUUAAAGUCAAGAUGUUUUCUCUCGUUUAUUGACUUGGAGAAGGAGAUGGGAUAUACAGGUAGGUUGUACUAAUCAUAAAGUGAGACAGUAACAAUGUGCUGUUGGAAAUUUUCUUUGUGCUUAAUUUGAGAUGCAUACCAGGUGUGCUAAUUUCACCUACUUGAAAUAGUUUAAAAAGUGUGUUUACAUGUAAUCCUUUUGUUCUGUAGGACGUGUCAUGCACUGUUGGACAGUGGGGACACGUCAUGCAUUGUUGGACAGCAUUGCCUAGUUUGGGAAGCAUGCCUGUCUGUAGUCAUAGAUAUGUGGGUUUAUCUGGGCUGAGUUAGGUUAAUCUGGGCUGGCUUGGGUUGCUGUGGGCUGGUUUGGGUUGAUGUGGGCUGGCUUGCGUUGAUGUGAGCUGGCUUGCAUUGACAUGGGCUGGCUUGCAUUGAUAUGGGCUGGCUUGCGUUGAUGUGGGCUGGCUUGAGUUGAUGUGGGCUGGCUUGCAUUGAUGUGGGCUGGCUGGGGUAGAUGUGG